AUGCACCACGGCGACGGUGAAACAAGCGAUUUCGGCGACACUCUGACUGACGACACGCUCCUCGUCGUCGAGGACGAAGAAGCUAGAAAGUGGAUGGAAAGGCCCGCCGGGGCUCCUCUCCGUCGCGGCCUCUGGCGCCCAUUAACUGACGAGCCAGGCUCGCGUCCUUCUGGCAGCGAAAAAGCGGGAGACAAGAACGACAACAAUUCGAUCGCUGUGAGAGACGAAGGCGAAGCCCGGGAAACCGACAUGGAGACGUGGCUGAAGCACUUGAACCCUCUCGAGGACAUCUUCGUUUCACACGCCGACGUCUCGCUCUACCCCGCGGAACGCAUGUCCCAGUGUCUCCGACAUCCUGCGUCCUUUGGGGAUCUAAGCAAGGCGAUCGGCCUCGCAUUUCACGCACUGGAGGAGAGCGAGGCAGAUUCACGCAGGCAAACAGCCAGGGAACGGGAUCCACAGGGAAAGCAGGACUCUGCGUCAAGUUCCAAACGGGCCGACCUCAAUGGAUACGCCAGUUUCAUCGCAACGGCUGCAAAGUUCGGAGCAAAUGACCGAAAGGGCACUGUCGAGAAGACGCAGCUAACCGUUUCGGGUCUCCUUCGAGACCUACAAAGUCGCGUCCACGCUGCUGGCCUCCGUCUGCCCUUCCACGCCCCCACUGAGGAGACACGCCGUGCCGGAGCCGAGUCGGCGUCGACCGCGGUGACGACGGUGCUCUCGCCGUCGCCGUCGUUCGAAUCUGCUUCGUAUGCAGAACGGGGGCCGCCUCCGCAUGCCAAGGAUACCGACUUCGGGUGGACAACUUCGUUUUCAGCGGGCCUCCCCCUCCGUCCUGUUCCCGAACCGCCUCCAAGUGUUGUGCUGCCUUUUCCUCUGCCGAGCGCCAAAGUUCUUCGGCAGGCCACAAAGCGACUCGCUGAACAGUCCCGGUGCCCCUGGAUGCUCUUCGAGAUGGCGACUCUGUCUCGUAGCCCAACAGAGAAACGCGACAGGGAGAGGCCUUCAGACGGCGAGGCGGCCGACACCGUGUCGCUGUUUCCACAAGGCGCCUCCCUCCAGGACUUUUUUGACUUGUUUCCGUCUUCAUUCUCGUCGCGUCUGCACUUUUCUUACAAAGAAGAAGGCAUCGAUUCGAAGCGGUCCGACUCGUGUUUCUCUGCGGCAGUCUUGCGCACCGCGAAACUCACGCAGUCAGCAGACUUGGGUCCUGUGUCGCUCCACCCAGUUACCGGGCUGGCUCUUCUGAUUCAACAAGAAGCUGUGGUCUCUCAGCUUCUCGGCCUCCUCUGGCCUCUGGCCUCUGCCAAGGGAAUGUGGAACGGGAAAUCAUGGGAGCCUCGACGAGAGACGACCGACUUUCAGUGGGCAGGGACCAGUCGAACUUUUGACGGAGACAGUCCGGGAUCAUCAGACAACUCGUCGUCUUUCGGCGUGGCGCCCAUAUCCCCAGCUUUUGCAGCUGCGACAGUCCUCGCGUGCUUCUUGGAGACAGAGGCAGGCGAGGCAACACCUGCGGGGCCAAGGGAGACGUCCAGGAGCUCAGGUGGAGGAAACGAAGUUUCUCCUCAAAGAUGCCGCGACGUCGCCCUCGGGGCGGCUCUGAAAGGCGCUGCGCUGCACUCGGCUCUUCUGCUGGCAACUGGGGACGCGGCUUCAGCGAAGAUAGAGAGGGAAGGGAGGCACCCACUGACAGCUGUCACCGGCGUGUCUUCCGGCGCUGUCUCCCUGUCCAGUGCACUCCGCAUUUGGGUCACAUCUCUCCCUGUGUCCGUCGUGACGUCGUUUUUCCCAGAGACACGCGGGCGUGUCGACCCCCAGAGUCAGACCGAGGUCGAAUCAAAGCAGGGGGGAGCUGACCCGCAGACACUGAAGCAAAAUGACUCCCAGAACCUGGAGAAGACCGCAGCGAAUAUGGAACAGAUCGACCAAAGUCAUCAAUCGCGGACGGCCAGGAAAAGCGCGGAAGGCCUGGGUAGAAAUGAAAGACGAGCCAUGACGGUUGCGCGCUUCGUUCUGGACGCUCGAGUGGCGUCCCCGAUUGCGCCUCCUCAGCUCUCAUUUGUCGCACCUUCCGCAUUCCAGAGUUGGAACUCACUCUCUGCUUUAGCGGCCUCACUGGGGCCUGGGGAGAAAGAAGAAAGCAAGCUGCAGUCGACGCGUGGGCCUCUUCGGCUUUUCUUCGAGGCACCAAUGGUGACUCCUGGUUCUUUGCCUUCUGCCCAAGCGAAUACACGGACCCCUUUUUUUGCGAGGGGCUUCGACCCCACUCGGGACACUGCCAUUCCUCCAGUGACUGUCAUUCAGCUUGCCUCGCUCACUGUCUCUAGCAGACGAAGGCCGGCAACGCAUGCAACGGGGAGAGAGGAGCGACCAGAGUGGAGGCAAACGAGCCGGUCGGUCGCAAAGGAGGCCGAGGGGGCAUGUGAGCUUGCAGCGGCGUUCCUGUUGCACCUUGUACCUUGGGUGCUGCUUCCUGAAGUUCUCUCUUCUUCUCCGCUCUCGUUUUUCGGUCCUCUCGGAGACAGCGACGAGCUUGUCGAUGAUCCCGGGAAGCAGGAGGAAAGAGAGAAGAGCCUGAAGGACGCAACCCAGCUGGCUGACACGCUGGCGCGCAGCGACGGACCCUUAGGCGUGGAGACAGCUGAGCAAUUGGACGAGCAGCUCCGACAGACACUGAACCCGGUAUCCGUUUUUCGAGUCCAGCGCAUGCAGCGCCUGGUGGCGAAGAUCGUCGAUGCCGGCGUUGGCGGUUCUCCCUACGUCACAUCGUUUUCUCGGCUUCUGUCUCGGCAUUCGCCGACGGCAGCGGACGAGCUCGGGUUUGACGAGCUCACCUUCAGCUCGAAGGAGAGAGGAAAUGAUGAGAACGAAAGCCUUCCAAGGAUGAGAGGGACGCAGAAGAGCCGAAAGCAGGCGGAAGGCGAAAGUCCGGGAGAACAAGCGGAAGGGUCGAAGAAACGCGGCAGUGGAGAUCUGCGACUCAGCGCAGCGAAGAAGAAGAAGCCUCGAGCUCUGUUGUUCGGAAGACGAGAAUUCGAUGUGGUGCUGUUCUCGCCCGCAGAAUCCAGAGGGCCUCUGACCCAUCUGGUCCUUCGGGAUUUCCAAAGAGCGACGGAAAUGAGCCGCGAGGAAGGGAGAGUUUUCUUGCCAUUUUCUCCCGAGGCAGGUGACGCAGGCGGCGAUGCGAAUGAGAAACCAGACAACAGUGGAAAACAGGCAACGCGCCAGGACCGGUUAGAGUUCCUGGAUCUCGAGCUUAUGGUGUUGCCACCGGAGGCCAGCAACUCGCGUACCUCGCCAAGAAAUGCGACAGAGCCAGCGAGUGAACAGGCGGCUUCGAACAGCCACACCGAAGGUUUCCCGAUUCACGAUGAGAUGGUAGAGGAAAGUGUAGAGGCCCGUAGCUUUCAAGAGGCCACGGCAGACGAAGCGAGGAGACCAUCUACGAGAGGACCAGAAAACACGAGGAAGUUUCGUUCCUGGAUGCACGCCGCAACGAAGAGUUUCUUCAUUUCAAGAGCGACUUUCUGCUUGUGUCCCCAGGAAGGCUGGCUACCCUCAAUGUGUAUAUUCGAAGCCGUCGCCCACGCGUGCAUCCCCGUUAUAAUUGGAGGCGAAGAGGAGCUGUGGCUCCCUGGUGGCUGCCUCUUUGACUGGAUCCAAAUGGCUGUCUUCGUUCCCCUCAGCCGCGCGCCAUACACUUCUCUUAUUCUCGCGCUGACUCCGGACAACCAAGUCUUAGAGAAGCAGCAAAUGCUGUGGAAAGUGCGUCAACACUUCCUCUACGACUUGUCCCUUGUUUCCAGCACCGGGAAUCAUCAAAGGAAAGCCCUUUCUCCGUCGAAGGCUUUCUGGAGAGAUGCGCUCAACUCUUCCGUGGUUGAUGCCGGGAGACUCGCACUGCUUGAGACACUUAUGCGAUCACCCCUCUUCGAAGACCAGGCGAACAAAGUUCCUGGAGAAAGAUGGGGAGGCAGAUGA